AUAUAGUCCGCCGCUAUUUUUAGUCGCAGCAGUGUAUGAAUGUGGUCCGAUAAAAGCAUGGGAUUUUAGUCGAUAUGGACUUUUAAUUGUCAUUAUUAUACUGAACUACUUCAAGUAUCAACAUGGCAUCCGGUUCACGCGCGGAAACGGACAAAUCCGCCAUCGCUGCCAAACUGUGGGCUGCUGCGAGAAACACAGUGGAUAUGCUGACAAACGAUGAAAGUGAAACCGCAUUCAGUUCUGUAGAGGACAUGUUGGGCAAAUCAUCUUAUGAUGUGAGUGAUGAUAAUGACAUGGAAGUGGAGACAAUGGACAUGGGAUUGAAGAUAGAUUCCGUAUUCACUUUGCCGCUGGAUACGUAUUUAGAAGAAAAAGCAGAAGAGCCAAUCGAGAAGUUACUUAGGAGAGAACAGCAGACUAAAUUCCUUGAAUCUCAGUGUAAGCCAUUCUCUGUUGUCUUGCAAAACAUUGAUCACGACCUUGCAGGGAGACACCGGGUAUUUUACAGACAAUGGAAAAGACGUUUUGAUAAGUGUGGAGAAUCUUGUCGAUAUAAGUAUAUCGAUAGUAUACUGAGACCACGACCGAAAAACCCCAAAAAGAAGAGGAAGCCAUAUACAUACAAAAAUGGCACGAGAAAAUCAGGCAGCAGGUCUUGUUUGGAAAAUGUGUCGCAGUAUAGUGGCGAAAAGAACGACACAUCGCAUAAAGAAAAUGUCGUGGCUGUCAAGCAAUCUUCAAACAAAAAACCAACGCAGCUCCGGGAUUCAUUGCGUAAGAAAGCGCUUUCAGAUAGAGAAAAAUUGCGAUAUCAGUACGUGAACCAAAUGAUGCGUAAAGAUAACUCUACUAAAUCUUACAUCAUGCGUUAUCAGUUUGGCAACAAACACGCGAAUACGUCAGCAGAUCAGGUCACCCGUUCACCGCAAAUAUGCGAAACAAAAACAACGACCAAUGUAACUACAGCAUCGGGCAAACAAUGCGCAACCGAGACUCUGAGGAAAAUGAAAGUGAAAAUAGAACCAGGUUUAGAAAUGCAAAACACGACACCUGAAGAGAAACUCUCAACAUUUCAUAAUGUUAAAGUGAAAAUAGAGCCGACGGAUGAAACUGAAGCUAACGGUUAUAACGUUCAGGAUGACUCUACAAUGGUGUCGCUUUUGAAAAAAACUAGUUCAUCGGAAGAAAUGAAAAACUAUUCUACAAUCAAAGGGAUUCUGGGAACAAGGAAAGAAUCGGGAGGUGACGCACAAACGAAGGCAAAUCUGACAAUCCAAUCAAUUACAGACGCUUUAAAGUUCAAACUUAAGUCUUCUGGGUCAACUGAUUUAACCAGUGGUGCACUAAAGGUAUCAAUGCCCUUUGCUCCUUACAAGAGUAAGAGACCUGUCGAUUCUAAACCUGCAGACAAAAGCAAAGUUUUCACCUCGUCUGCACCACAAAAUCAGAAUUUUAAAACUCCGACAAAUAAUGUGCCUUUAUUAAAAAAUACUUCUGUCCUCUUAACAGCUGCCAAUCAAGUGUCGUCACCUCAGGCCCCGCUUCAAUUUCUCAUGACAGGUGUCAAUUCAGCAGGUACCCAGAAUCAGUCGCAAAUGAUUCUGACGGGUUCAAACACAACACGUACCCUUAAUUCGCCACAAUUAGUUAUGUCUGGUUUGAAUGCCCCAUCAGGUACUCAAAAUCCAACACAAAUCGUUUUGGCAGCUGCAAAUACGACAAGCACACAGAAUCCUGCACAGCUGAUUUUAACCAAUACUAAUCAGCUUACCAAUACGAAUAUGCAACAAAUUGUCCUGCCACAUGCAAACAGACCAGUCACAAACCAGCAACUGCUUUUAGCAAAUAAUGCAAACGGAUCAACACGAUUAUUUUUGGCAAAUACAAAUUCAACACUUCCAGUAUCUCAGAGUACUCCAAAUCUGGUACUGACGAAUAACAUUCGGCCUCAAGUAUCUCAGAGUACUCCAAAUUUGGUACUGACGAAUAACAAUCCGCCUGUUACUAACAGUGGCCAAUCGCAGGUACUUUAUGCCAACGUGUACACCAAUCCAAAUCAGACGAACGUUACCGGCGUUUUGCAAACGGGACAGUACGUAAUGGACCAAAUAGUUCAGCAACUUCAACAGCAACCAAGUAUGUUGAAUAUAACAUCCAAACCGCAAGUGCAGCCACAAACAAUCGCAGGGCCUACAGUCCAUACUGUAACUCCGCCAGUGCAAAGGACAACCUUUGAACCUUCUUCAUCGUCUGUUGUACCACAACCUGUACCUGUGAUACAAACAUCCAGUGUUUUGCCUAACUCAAUGUCAUUUCCACCCGGUACCCUAUUUUUUAAACGGAAUUCUCUUCCUGAAGCAGCCCCUAUAACAGGUAUGCAAGCAUUGUCUGAAAUAAGGACAGAAACUCAGAUAAAAUCGACUUCUGCAAUAGGUGACAAUAUUCAAGGAAGCAUAGACAAUUCCAGUGUUCCAGUGGAAGGGAAAACUGUUACCAUUGGAAAGCAAAAAUAUUUGCUCGUUCCAGCGUCAUCGUUGAAGUCUUACGCCCAAAGCAUGAAUGAUGCAAUCGUAAACACAGAAAAUAACGACACAAAGAAAAGAUAUGACGGAUUUUCGUCGUCGUCUGUCUCGGAAAAGGUAAAUAUGUUACUAGAAAGGAAUGACGCCAUUGUUAAUCGAACCAUGAUAUCAACAAGCCAGUCCAAUAAACCGACGAACAGUAAAGUAAUUUUACCUAAAUUAAUGUCUUCGGAUGCUCGAAAAGAUAGCCUUACAACUGUAGCAGCUCGGAAAGAUGGGCAUCCUAAAGUAGAAGCCCGGAAAGAUGGGCAUCCUAAAGUAGAAGCUCGGAAAGAUGGGCAUCCUAAAGUAGAAGCUCGGAAAGAUGGCCCCCCGAAAGUAGAAGCUCGGAAAGAUGGCCCCCCGAAAGUAGAAGCUCGGAAAGAUAGGCUUCUGACAGAAGAAGAUCGGAAAGAUAGGCCUCUGACAGUCAGAGAGGCCCUACAAAACAAGGCAAGACCACGACAAAUAGCUCAAACAUUCGUGUCUAAUGAUAAGACUGAUAAUGAUGAUGAUGUUAUUUACAUCGACGAUCCCGAUGCUGUUCCUGUUGUCAUUACCAUACCUCAUACCUCUGCGAAUUCGCGGAAGCGAAAUCCAAGGAAGUCCAAGCCCCAGCCUCGUUUAGAUUAUGACGAGUUUUUGAAACUACAGAAGUCACGACCGAUUGUUUCAAGCGGUGACGAUAGCUGCACUGACACUGAAGUUGAUAUUGAGACUGUUGAUACUGUGCCGGGAAUGGCCGGAAAAGGCAUGCUAAUUCCGAGAACUCCCACAAUGCCAAAAGGUGUGCGUGAAUGGCCGGAUGGUGCAACCAUUAGCGAGAAGAGCAUUACACUUCCCUCAAAUAUGUUGGAAAACAUUGACGAAUCAGCAUGGUGAAUAUGUUGAGAAAAUAACAUUUUGCUGGAGUUACGACUGUGCUAGGUAUUACGAAAAUAUUGUUACAUUUCUACGUUAGGAUACUCUGCUUUCUAUACUACUCUGGUCCUUAAGAUAUGUUUCCGAUCGGCAGUUUAUACUAUUUGCCUCGAAAAGUAAGGAAGAAGUAGAGGAACUAGUUGUAAUAUCCGAUUCGAUAUAUUCCGAUACCUGAAUAUGAAUUAUUACAAAUCAACCAAGAAAUCCAUACUAUUCCAUUUCAAUACUUUAACUCCUACUGAACACGAACAAGUUUCUCUUGAUAUUUCCAUAUUAUUCGUAUUGAAGAUAUUUGUCCACUGUUUUGUUUUCAGAUUUACUGUUUUGAAAAAAAAUGCGAAAGCAGUAUUUGUGAUAAGAUACUGAAUGUUUGGAUGGAAAGUUCUUUUGCGUUUGAAUAUCAAUGCUCUCUUAAUUUUGAAUUCAGUUAAAUUUUCCGUCAAAGCCGGCGGGUGCAAACAUGUUUCACAAACAUCUUCUGGAUAUUGAAAAUGCACUAUAGAUGCAUUGAAAUGGAAAACCUUGAAAAAUAAAUCAUUAUUAAACAGUAAUAAAUACCCGUCGCGUUGGAGGACUCGAGGCAAUAAGGUUUCCUGAGCAGGUGUUUUAUCCUUGGUAGUAAAGUUUAUUAUUAAAUUAAUUGAAAUACAUAAAAGCGCAAUGAUUAAUAAUUAGCGCACACGAAUUACCUUACGUAGACAACAACAUUCAGAAACCAAAUUAGUGCAAUCAUAAAUCAGCGGAAAGAGCGCUUUGAUAAGACUACCUCUAAAACAUGGACAUUUACUGUAUGUUGUAAAAUACCUAUACAGUCCAGUAGUAAUGUUGUUGUCCCGGCUGGCUUGGCAGAUAAUACUAAGGUAUAAGAUUUCGUGCCACUAUUGCAUAUGACAGACAGGCGUCUUGUUGGUUUGACUAGCAAUUUCGUUUUAAAUAAUUGAGCCAAUACGUUUAUUUGGUCUAGAUGUUGAUACCAGUAUGUGUUUAUAUUUUAAUUGUUUUAAUAUUCAUUAACAUCGUUACCAUUAAGUCCAUCACUGACUAUAAAUAUAUGUUAUUUCAUAUACACAUUUGUUUGAUUUAUAUCUGGCAGAAGUUACCCUGUGAACUUUCUAUAAAGUUCUGUCCGUCGUCUUACUUCAGCAUGUGUGAGACGUAUUCCCACUAUCCAACAGCAAUAUUCAUGUCAAAAUAAAGAGAACAAAAGGAUUCUA